CCGCCUCGGGGCGAUCGGGUCGUGGCUUUGCGUCCUUCCCGGAGCGACCCCGCGGCGGAGGUUCGCGAGGGUUAAACCUACACGUUGCCGACCGCGCUCCCGCGUGAUGUCCUUGGCCCCGCGCGUCCCCAGGACGGACCCAGGCAUAUGAUGGGUGUUUGGAAAACACUGAAAACACAUGUCCAAGAAGAAAAAUCCACUCUGGCUGGGUAGCUCAGUUGAUUAGAGUUUAAUCCUGAUACUCCAAGGUUGCAGGUUUGAUCUCAGGUCCCAGGCAUGCCCAGCCUCAGAGCCUGCUCUGAAGAGGUGGAAAUGGAGCCCUCAGUUCCUGGAUCAUCCCCAUGGACCCCUGCAGCCCGUGUGAGCAAUGUGCCCACCGUGACCCGCCCUGCACCUGCACUUCGAACUCUACUCUGCUGCGGCAACGCUGAGCGGGGAGCUGCUCCCCGGCACCAUCAGCAGCCAGAUAGCAACACGAGGACUGAGGGCAAGGAGUUUUUUCAGAAGGAAGAUGUUUGUGGGGGUUUAGAAUCACAGGCAGAAGUAUCAGAAAACUGUACUGGUGGUGUUUCCCUGGCCCCUGAGCUAGGAGAGCUCUGUGAUGACGUGUUAGAAAAAAACUGGGAUGUUCCUGACAACACGGGACAGGGGCAGUUCCUCUGCCCAGAGGAAGACUUCCCCCGGGUGGCAGCGCUCCUUGACAGCCCCUUAGGAGAGAGAGACCUGGACUGUGAUGAUUUUGAGAAAAGCUCCAGUCAGAGCCCAGACCCAGCAGUAUGUCCAGGAACUUCUGUGGAAGAGAGUCCACAUCCUUACACAUGUGGCCAAAGCUUCCAAAACAGCACAGAUCGAAUCAGCCGCACAGCUGAAGGGGUCCCCACAGCUGAAAGCACCUUCAUAUGUACUGAGUGUGGAAAAAUCUUCAGUCAGAAUUCAGUUCUCAAAAAUCAUCAGUGGUCUCCUGUGCAUGAGCCCUACUGGUGCAGCGAGUGUGGCAAAGCCUCCCACGUGCACUCAAACCUGCUCGGGCCUCAGGUCGCCCACGGUGGAGAGAAGCCUUAUGUUUGCAGUGACUGUGGAAAAGCCUUCAGCCAGAACUCCAGCCUCAAGAAGCACCAAAAGUCUCACAUGAGCACGAAGCCCUAUGAGUGCAGUGAGUGUGGGAAGGCCUUUAGGCGGAGCUCCAACCUCGUCCAGCAUCAGAGAAUUCACUCUGGGGAGAAGCCAUACGUGUGCAGGGACUGUGGGAAGGCCUUUAGGCGGAGCUCCAACCUCGUCAAACACUGCAGGGUCCACACAGGCGAGAAGCCUUUUGAGUGUCACGAGUGCGGGAAGGCAUUCAGCCAGAGCUCACACUUGAGGAAGCACCAGCGAGUUCACACUGGAGAGAGGCCUUAUGAGUGUAGUGAGUGUGGCAAACCCUUCAGCCGGGUCUCCAACCUCAUUAAGCAUCACCGCGUUCACACGGGAGAGAAGCCCUAUAAAUGCAGUGACUGUGGGAAGGCCUUCAGUCAGAGUUCAAGCCUUGUUCAGCAUCGGAGGAUUCACACUGGAGAGAAGCCUCAUGUGUGUGACGUGUGCGGAAAAGCCUUCAGUUACAGCUCCGUGCUCAGAAAGCACCAGAUAAUCCACACGGGAGAGAAGCCCUAUGAGUGUGGCGUCUGCGGGAAGGCCUUCAGCCACAGCUCAGCCCUCAUUCAGCACCAGGGCGUGCACACAGGCGACAAGCCCUACGAGUGUCGGGAAUGUGGGAAGACGUUUGGCCGCAGCUCCAACCUCAUCCUGCACCAGCGAGUUCACACUGGAGAGAAGCCCUAUGAAUGCACCGAAUGUGGGAAAACCUUCAGCCAAAGUUCAACUCUCAUUCAGCAUCAGAGAAUCCAUAAUGGCUUGAAACCCCACGAGUGUAACCAGUGUGGUAAAGCCUUCAACCGAAGCUCAAACCUCAUCCACCACCAGAAAGUUCACACAGGAGAGAAGCCAUACACGUGCAUUGAGUGCGGUAAGGGCUUCAGCCAGAGCUCGCACCUCAUUCAACAUCAGAUCAUCCACACUGGUGAAAGGCCCUACAAGUGCACCGAGUGUGGGAAGUCCUUCAGUCAGCGCUCAGUCCUUAUCCAGCACCAGAGGGUCCACACUGGGGUGAAGCCCUAUGACUGUGCUGCAUGUGGGAAGGCGUUCAGCCAGCGCUCGAAGCUGCUCAAGCACCAGCGGACCCACACCAGGGAGUGAGCACGGGCGAGGCAGUGCUCUGACCCCUGCCCUCCUCCCACAACCUGCUGUGCACACAGCCCCUCCCUCCUGCCCUUGCACCCACCUCACAUGACCUCGUUUCUUUCUGGUUUUUACAUUUCGUUGUGAGACUGCCAUGUUUGUAAGGCGGGAAGACAGGAACUGCAUAUUUAUGAAUGGAGUUUAUUACUGUAAUCAAACAUAAACAAAAGUAAACUGACGUUUCUUCCAGACAA